CCUACUGACCACGUCCGUUAUCACGAAAACUGUAGAGUAUUCGAAACGUCUGAAAUAAAAUAAUGACAAACGCGAGAUUAAACUGUAAGAAUAGUUUUAAUAAUGUCCUAUUAAUAGUUGGCGGACAGGCCCCCACAAUGCUCAGCUCACGCAAAGUCGGAGAUGCAACGAUCUUAUAUUGCACUUGAGAUCAAAACAAGAUUAAUAACCAACAAAGAACAAUUCCUUGGUCCUCUUCUAAAUGUCGAACAGCCUCCUGCUGAGCCUAGCUGGCACAAGGAUUACGAGCCUUUGGAUACAACACACGAGGGAUUUGAGAAGUAUUUGGAUCCUUACUUGACUAGCAGCAGAUUACACCAUCGCCCAUUCACAGUAGAGCAACUUAACAAAAAGUCAUCGUCAAGUGAUAUUAUUACUUACUAUACCUGCGCUGAUAUUCCAUGGACAAGAACGCCUGCUCCUAAAACAGAACAGUGGAAGCCACCAAACCGACCUAAGUCUACGUAUGACAGAGAGAAAUUUAAAGAAGGAUUUAGAGAGAUACGAACACACAACAAGCUGAAAUGGGUCCCAGGGACAUUUCGAACGGAAAUGAGGGACAACUAUUCAAAAAAUAGCUAUCUUGAUCCUAUCGUACAUAGUAAUGAAGAAGAAGUACGUAGUUUCUACGAAAAUACAUUAAGCAAACUAAGAACAAAUAUAACGGAGGAACAUUCGGCGUAUUUCAAGAAAUACAAAUCUGAAAACACACAGUACGGCUUGAGAAAACCAAUUUGUUCUGUUCUUGAUCAACACAAGGAAAAGAAUAAAAAAUUGGAAUAAAAAAAA